AUGACCUCUACCAUAAGUCCACUGCCAUACUAUGAAAAUCAUGGCUUUCAGGCAGAACAUGUCUUCUCUGCCAGGCAGCCAGUUGGUGCUAACCAAUAUCCACAAUACUUUUCAACAAAUGUGCCAUCAGUGCCAACCUACGUCCCAACCAUUGUUACCAGCCAGUCAACUAGGCCAGUAGCACCUUCAUCUGGCAGAAUGUGUGCAUCAAGCAUAAAGAAAAUCAUAAUCACUAUAAUAUUGAUUUUAAUAGUCAUUUGUUGUGCAAUUGCUGCUUUCUUCAUUUGGUAUUUUGUGGACAAUCAUUGUCUCAUGUCCUUAAUAGAGUGUGGAUCUUCAGGAGUAUGCAUUCCACCCUCACAGUGGUGUGAUGGAGUGAACGACUGCCCCAGUGGGGAGGAUGAAACCCGGUGUGUUAGACUUUUUGGACCAAACUUUAUUCUGCAAGUCUAUUCACCUGUCAGCAAAUCGUGGUAUCCUGUUUGCCAAGAUGGCUGGAAUGAUGAUUAUGGGAAGACUGCAUGUAAAGACAUGGGCUACAGUGUAGAUACAUAUUAUUAUAGUCGAGGAGUACCAACUGAAAUCAGCUUUAAAACUUACAUGAAGGUGAACACAAGUGCUGGGAAUAUAGACCUGUACAAAAAGCUGUAUAGCAGUGAUUCCUGUGCAUCGGGAAGCGUGGUUUCUCUGCGCUGCAUCGCGUGCGGCCUGCCCACUAAAAGCGCGAACACUAUGAACAGAAUCGUGGGUGGCAGUGGGGCAGUACUGGGGCAGUGGCCAUGGCAGGUCAGCCUCCACGUGAAGGACAUCCAUGUCUGUGGGGGCUCCAUCAUCACCCACCAGUGGAUAGUGACAGCAGCACACUGCGUUGAAGGACGAUUUUCUGACCCCUACAGCUGGAGAGUUUAUGCUGGGAUUCUGAACCAGGAUGAGAUGCUCUUCAGAAAUGGAUACGGAGUGCAACUGAUAAUUUCCCAUCCAGAUUAUGAUACAGACUCUAAAGACAAUGAUGUUGCUCUUAUGAAGUUAGACACACCACUGAGUUUUACUGAAAAUGUACGGCCAGUUUGUCUCCCUAAUCCGGGAAUGCUGUUCGAGCCUAAUCAGCAGUGCUGGAUAUCUGGAUGGGGAGCAGAGUACCAAGGAGGUAAAACAUCAAAUAACUUGAAUUAUGUUAUGGUGCCCUUAAUAGAACGUUCCAGGUGUAAUUCUGUCUAUAUCUACAAUGGAAUGAUUUUGCCUACAAUGAUCUGUGCUGGAUAUCUAGCAGGAGGAUUUGAUUCCUGUCAGGGUGACAGUGGAGGUCCACUAGUAACUAACAAAAGCUCUGUGUGGUGGCUGGUUGGAGAUACCAGCUGGGGAACUGGCUGUGCUAGUCCCAAUAGACCUGGAGUGUAUGGAAAUAUGACUGUGUUUACGGAUUGGAUAUAUAAAAACAUGCAGGUUGUAGGAUUCAGUGUCUGA